AUGUCGUUCAGACCGGACCAGCUGAACCCAAACGACGAGUGGGUUCAGGCCCUGCAAGCACUGCUGCUUCGUAGUCACCGUGGCGUGGUUGUCCGCUUCCAUGACGCUGACCAAGAGCAGCGUCGCUUGUUCGUGCACAUCGAGUCCGGCAGGGCAUGGCUCGCUGAAAACGCCGCUGCGGUCACCGGGGAACUAGACGCAACAGCAAACGAAUCGGAAACCUUUCUGCGUGAUCAGUUCCACCUGAUAUGCACUUCAGUUGCCGAAGAAGACUCCUUGGAUUUACUCGUACAUGUGCGAACCGCAGACCAUCUGGCGACGCUGGGUAUCGCCUGCCAGCAUGAAAACGCAACCCCGUUCGUGGUUGCACCGCCGCGACAGAAACUGGAGCAGUUCGCCGAGAACGCAGCGGUGCGGCUUCGGGUUCGUCGGGAGCAGAAGUCCCAGCCGCAAAUCCUGUUUUCAUUGACGAGUCUCGAUGGGAGAUACGCUCUCGCAAAGGCACCGUCGAAAGCAGAUCCAACGCGGAGCAAAGGUUGCAUUGGCCUCGAGCGCGUCUCGCUCGGCGGCGUCGUUAUCGAUGCUGCGGGCAGCCAAGCGCGCACAAGUGAAGCACGCUCGAUGGCCCUGGGUUUUACCGUGAAAAUGGACACGUAUUGGAUAGAGCGCGAGUGCUAUCGCACGGUUUGGAAACGCUCCCAAUUGGUGUGGCUCAGCAAGCAUGCGGCGCACUGCCUCUCAGCUGACGCCGCAAAGACAAGCUGGGUGGACGUCGCACCGGCCCAAGUUGCCUGGAUACGCGUUGCGGUAAUGCUGCGGUACUGGCCUCAGCGGGUGCCGAUCAUGCUCCGCAAUGGAGCCGUUGGAGGAAAGCCACUCGAGGGCGCCUGGUAUGGCGUCGGCACGAACCAUUCAUUAAGCCUCUGGCUGGACGCGAGUCCCGUAGUUUGCCUCAGAGACGAGUCGAGCGCAUCGAAACCUCACUCGUGCUGGCAGGUUGGCGUCGGUCACGAAACAGUGUCCGCACCCGCCGUUUUUCGCAUCGUAUGGCGAGAGCGUCAGCAACGAGGAUCGUGCUUUUUCGAACUUUGUUGCGUAUCCGAUGGAGCGCGCCCUGCAAACGACGGCAUCGCAUUGUACUUGGGAAUCGACAAGCGCACCAAGCGGCUAGUGCUGAAACAUCGUCCCCGGCAAUGGGAAGCUUUUGAACUAGAUACCGUCCAACGCGAGGAGCCGCAAGCAGGAUCUGAUGCGGAUACCACGAUAACACCAGGCGCUGCACCAGCAUCUGGCGCUCGAGGCCUCGAGGAGGCAUACUUUGCCGGCGCGCGACGCACGCUGCAGCGCGAGCGCACGCAGCACGCAUCGUCUCCCGCGGAUGCCGUGCAACGGCGGGAAAAGGCGCGCACGCUGGCGCAGCGGCGCGCGCGCAUUAUGGACAGCGUUGCGCAGGCGCUCGCAGCGCGCGAAGCAGCGCGUUCAGUCGCUGCGCCCGCAGAUCAUACCGCAGCUGGCGCUCGCCGCAGAGGCGUCGUAGCCGAUGAUCGUUCCGCUGCAGCAGCGCCAGCGAUGCCAUCCGAGGAAACGAGCAUCGAGGCACCGCAUGAAUCAGGUGCGCAGCCUCAAACAGUGCAGGGCGCUAUGUCAUCGGGUCCAGCUCCAUCACAGGUACGUUGUGCAGCGUGCCACGGGGCCAUUGUUGGGCAGUACGUGCGCGCCUUAUCGCAGAGCUAUCAUCCAGGAUGCUUCGCGUGCAGCAUCUGUCGACGGGCGUUGGCGCCAGAAACCAAAUUCCGUACCAGCAUCGGUAAUCCGCUGUGUGAGGCAUGCUACGCGGAGCAUGUUGCUCCGCGCUGUGCCCGUUGCAAGGCACCGAUUACCGAUGUCGUGGUGACUGCCCUGGAACGCAAAUGGCAUCGCGGCUGUUUGUGGUGUGUGCGCUGCGGGCAACCGCUGUGUCACGAAGGCUCAUCUGGCUCCAAUACCUUCUACUUGUAUCCCGGGCAACCGGAUCAGCCGCACUGCGAGUCAUGUGUCCGCGGGAAAGAUCGCGAACAGAGCGGUCGUCGCACGUUGCCGAGCCUUGGAGGCGGCAUGCCCUCCGGUACGGGCAGCUUCCGACUUGGCUGA